CGCGACGCUGCUGAGGUCCAGACUCCGAGCGGAGGAGCGUGUGUGCGGACCCGGAGACGUGCGCGAUGGAGAAGGUUCUCUGCGAGCGACAUGGCACCGUCUGCCUGCUGAAGACGGGAGUGAAGGAAGGCCCGAACAAAGGCAGAAGCUUCUACGUCUGCACUGCGGCAUCGUGCGGGUUUGCGCCAGCAGCUGAGGUCCCACCAUCACACUGUCUCCACCAUGAAGAUGCCCUGGUUGAACUUCAAGCUUUACUUCUCAGUGAGACACAUAAUAAUCACAGGUUGCUGUUUCGCUGCGUAACCGGGAAACAGGCAGGAGAAAAGUGGUGUGGCAGUGUUCCAUGGACAACGGAGAAAGACGCUGAGAAGAGACCUUUAUUGGACAAGAAGGACCAGGUGUCCAACAUGCCCCCAGUUAGAAAUCCGUUCAAAGCUCCCAGUAAGAUGGACAAAACCUCUGAGUGGAGAAAACUGGAGGACUCGGCGAGAGGAGAGACGCUGAAAAGCCAUGAGAAACGCAGAGAGGACGCACACGGAACAAAAGCGGGAACGCCGGGAGCGGCUGGCGACUGGGAAAGUGGGCAUGGCCUCAAUAGGGAGGAAACCGCUUCAGAACCUUCAGAGUCAUGGAGAAGCAAGAAACUUCCUCCUGGGAUGAAGAUUAAGGCACGAGCAUCUGGUGAGGAGCAGAGCUGGAAGGAGAAGGGAACUGAGAAUGGGAGUAAAUCGGAGAAACCCAGAGGCCAGGACAAGGAGGAGAGGAAGGAAACCAAGUCAGCUGCUCCUAAGAACCCGGAGGCCCUGGGGGAGAACACAGCUCACACUAACGCUGAGCAGCGUCCGGGUCCACAGAGCGGUAAAUCAGGCAGCGCCAGGCCUGUCGUAGAUGUUUCAGCUUCUAAGACUGCCCACAGAACAGAGUGGAGCGAGAGACAGGAGAAGAACACUGCACAAGCUCUGUUUGGAGACUGGAGUGGUAGUGAUGGUGAUGAAGAUGAUGAUGAUGAUGAUGAUGGUGAUGAUGAUGUUCAGCUGGUCUCCGUGCAGCCCGCGCCCCAGCUGACCUCUCCGGCCGCACUCGUGCAGACAACCCUCACCUCUUAUCCAGGCUUCCACGCUGCCUCGCAGGUCAAAGGUCAGGAGGAAGACCCCAGAGCUCUGCACAACCAGCUUUCAACACAGCUGAAACAGAAGAAGGCCACACUCUCAGCGGUGAACGUGUCCGUUCUGCCUGAUAAGGGCGAGAGGCUGAAGUCUCAAGUGAAGCAGCUGGAAGAAGCUCUGGAGUCUCUGAGUCUGACGCCCGAUCAGCUCACUGAGUCCAGGGACGCAGACAGAGACACCUGGCGGAGACCCACACCCAAGGAGACCAACCCUUUUAGCCCAGCAGGGUGCGCCACCACCCCAGCAGGUCUGCCUCUCAGCCAGGGCUCCUCCCACACAUCCUCAGGUAACCCCUCCCCAUCCCCCUCUCAGGAAGGGCCAUACAGCUGCUUUUCUGGAGUAAACAAUUUGUUUGUUUCCGUCCCGUGUGCUGUGGCAGCGAUGUCCCAGAUCCAGGCUUUCUACGGCGGCAGGAUGACGGAGGACAGGCUUCUGGCCGUGCGCAACGCCACCACCGAAGCCAUUGACCACCUCCACCAAUCCCUGGAAUCAUGCCCUUCCCCCGACACGGAGGCCGCCGACCCCAGAGGACUGAAGGUGCAGUUGUUGCCCCAUCAGAGGAGCGCGCUGGCCUGGCUCCUGUGGAGAGAGACACAGAAACCCUGUGGGGGCAUGCUGGCGGACGACAUGGGUUUGGGGAAGACCCUCACAAUGAUCGCUCUAAUUCUGGACCAGAAGAAGAAAGGCGAGAAGAACCCAGAGCUGGAGGGAUGGAUCUCCAAAACUGACUCACCCACAGUGGCAUCACGUGGAACUCUGAUCAUCUGUCCGGCGUCUCUGGUGCAUCACUGGAAGAAGGAGAUCGAGAAACAUGUGAAGGGCAACAGACUGAGUGUGUAUCUGUACCACGGACCCAACCGUCAGAGGAGCACGAGCGUACUGGCGGAGCACGAUGUGGUCGUCACCACCUACAGUCUGGUUUCUAAGGAGGUCCCUGUGGAGAAGGAGGAUGCUGGAAAGGCAGGCGAGCUGUCCCCUCUCCUGCGCGUGGUCUGGGCCCGCGUGGUUCUGGACGAGGCCCAUAACAUCAAGAACCCGAAGGUGCAGACGUCUAUGGCCGUGUGCAAGUUACGGGCCCGGGCACGCUGGGCCGUCACUGGGACUCCAAUCCAGAACAACCUGCUGGAUAUGUACUCACUGCUGAAGUUUCUGAGGUGCUCUCCGUUUGAUGAAUAUAAGCUGUGGAAGGCUCAGGUAGACAACGGUUCUAAGAGAGGUGCAGAGAGACUGAACAUUCUCACCAGGUCUCUCCUGCUACGCAGAACCAAAGACCAGCAGGACUCUACAGGCAAACCUCUGGUGUCCCUGCCUGGGAGACUCUGCAGAGUGCACAGGGUGAAGCUGUCCGAGGACGAGCAGUCUGUCUAUGACGUGCUGUUUGCCCAGUCCAGGUCUACGCUUCAGAACUACCUGCGGAGACAGGAGGGGACAGACAGGCCAGUAGGAGACGGGAGCAACCCCUUUGAGAAGGUAGCGCGUGAGUUUGGCAUAGAGCAGCAGGGGGCUCGGCCAGGGGCCUCCAGCACUAUCCACAUUCUGUCUCUGCUGCUGCGACUUAGACAAUGUUGCUGCCACCUGUCCCUGCUCAAGAAGACGCUGGACCCGUCGGAGCUGCAGGGUGAUGGGGUAGCCCUGUCUCUGGAGGAGCAGUUAUGUGCCCUCUCUCUGUCGGAUACCGCUGACUCUGACACCAAGGCCACGGUCUCCCUCAACGGGAACGUCUUCCGCGCCGAUCUCUUUGAGGAGAGCCGGCAGAGCACCAAGAUUUCAGCAAUACUUAUUGAGAUGCAGGAGAUUCGUAAGAAAAGCCAGAAGAGUGUGAUUGUGUCCCAGUGGACCAGUAUGCUACACAUCGUGGCUGUCCACCUGAAGAAGAUGGGGCUUCACUUUGGUGUCAUAGACGGCACAGUGAACCCUAAACGCCGCAUGGACCUGGUGGAGGACUUCAACACUAACCCUAAAGGGCCACAGGUGAUGCUGGUGUCACUGUGUGCUGGAGGAGUGGGGAUUAACCUGACUGGUGGGAACCAUCUCUUCCUCAUAGACAUGCACUGGAAUCCAGCUCUGGAGGACCAAGCCUGCGACCGAAUCUACAGAGUGGGUCAGCAUCGUGAUGUCACCAUUCACAAGUUUACAUGUGAGGGUACAGUGGAGGACAAGAUUUCCUCUCUGCAAGAGAAGAAGAAGGAACUGGCCCAAAAGGUCCUGUCUGGAACUGGGUCCUCCUUCACCAAGCUGUCUCUGGCUGAUCUCAGGGUCAUCUUCGGCGUGUAGUGUGUGUGUGUGUGUGUGUUUGUGUGCAUCACGGGUGACCACCCUCAGGUCUGGCCAUCGGUUUACUGACUUGCGUCCUGCACAGGUGGCUUCUCAGUUCAGAACGUUAUACAUCGGAGCCAAUGAGAUCACAGUUUUGGAGGACUGUGUGUGACCGACGUUCUCCUGUAUCAUCUACUGCGGCAUGUCUGCAAGAACACUGAAUGAGAGUUGAACUGCUAAAACCUGUUUAAGCCUGUUUAUGCCCAUUAUAAAAUGAUUAAACAUUUUGAACAUGUA